AUGGAAAAAGCUCUUCUGAGCAUCAUAGCUGCGUCAGCACUGUGUGCGGUGUCAUCACAUGCUGCUCGUCAGUACCAUUUUGUUUAUGAGGAAAAGAACAUGAAAGAAGCUCGGAGCUACUGCAGAGAGAAAUACACAGACCUGGCCACUAUAGACAACAUGGAGGAGAUGAACAUCUUGAAUGCUGCAGUGGAUUUAAACCAAAUGGUCAACUCAAGCUAUCUAGCAUGGAUAGGGCUGUAUGAGGAUGUGAACAGCUGGAGGUGGUCGCUGUCAGACAGAAGUCUGGGGCAGGCUGAGUACAGAAAUUGGGCCCCUAAAGAACCAAACAAUGAAAACGGAGAAAACUGUGGACAGAUGUAUGAUUAUGGAAAGUGGAAUGAUGACAACUGUGAAGGCCAUUUAAUGGCAGUCUGCAUUGAUGUCAGAGGGUCGAGUGAGACACAUGUCCUCAUCAACAAAUCCAUGACAUGGACUGAAGCCCAGAGCUACUGCAGAGCAAACCACACAGACCUGACCAGUGUGAGAAACCUUCAGGAAAACCAGAAAGUAAUGAAUCUGGUACCUUCCAAACAACAAGUCUGGAUCGGCCUUUUCAGAGACUCUUGGAAGUGGUUGGAUGGAAGUAACUCCUCGUUUAGGCACUGGAGUGAAAAUGAACCUAAUAACAAACGUCACGAAGAGAAAUGUGUGGCAGCAAAUUUUGAGAACUCUGGAAAAUGGGAGGACUGGAACUGUGAUCACAGGAGAGCAUUUAUUUGCUACAGUGUCGUGUCUGUUUCAAAGAAAGUGGUGAGAGUGAAGCUGGUGAAAAGAAGCUCCUCUCUGGAUCUGAAUCACCCUGCUGUGAUGGAAGACAUCUUGAAGCAGCUCAAACAGAGGCUGAAGAACAAGGGAGUGAAUGAAGACAUCAAACUGAGCUGGACGAAGCAGUCGGACGGAAAGAGCUUCCACAGCGAAAAGGAGACAAAGAAGAACACCAUUUCAGCAAGAGAUGAUCUUUAAUGUCUGAAUUUUGUGAUAAAUUUUCUUUUUCUUUGUCAAAAUAAAUAACUAGUGUGCAUGAGAUAAA